UUGUGCCAGUCUAGCUGUAGUGCGGCGAGGCGAAAGCGCUCUCAGGGGCGGAACUCGACAAUGUCUCCGCCUGAGAAGAAAUGUAAACACACGUGAUGCACCUCAAGUCACAUGAUAACAAAAUGGCGGCAGAUAAGGUCCUGCUUGUUUUUUCUCUGCUGAUAUUCGUCUUGUCAGCGCGUGGUUUGAAAAACUAUUCACCAACAUGGGAAUCUAUCGACUCCCGGCCACUUCCACCGUGGUAUGAUGAAGCAAAACUAGGUAUUUUCAUUCACUGGGGCGUGUUUUCUGUCCCGAGCUUCCGGUCGGAAUGGUUUUGGAACGAUUGGAAAGGUGGUAAAACUAACGACACAGUGAAGUUUAUGCACGACAACUACCGGCCUGACUUCACGUAUGCAGACUUUGCCGCACAGUUCACAGCAGAGUUCUUCAACCCAGCGGAGUGGGCGGAGAUUUUCAAUUCCUCCGGAGCGCAAUACGUUGUGCUGACCAGCAAGCACCAUGAAGGUUUCACCAACUGGCCGUCCAAGUACUCCUUCAACUGGAACUCCAUGGACAACGGCCCCAACAGGGAUCUCGUGGGUGAACUAGCAGCUGCAAUCCGACAGAAGACCAAGAUCCACUUCGGGCUGUACCACUCCCUGUUUGAGUGGUUCCAUCCUCUCUAUCUACAGGACAAGGCCAACAACUUCAGUACCAACAACUUUGUCAAGUACAAGACGUUGCCCGAGUUGUAUGAGAUCGUGAACGCCUACAAGCCCGAGGUUAUCUGGUCUGAUGGAGACUGGGAUGCACCUGACACCUACUGGCAGUCAAGGGAGUUUAUUGCCUGGCUGUACAAUGACAGCCCUGUGCGGGAUACCGUGGUGACCAAUGACAGAUGGGGUAAUGGAGUCAUGUGCCACCAUGGCGGCUUCCUCACCUGCUCAGACAGGUAUAAUCCAGGCAAACUGCAGAAGAGGAAGUUUGAGAAUGCGAUGACUAUCGACAGUCAAUCCUGGGGUUACCACCGAAAUACUACCUUGACUCAGUUCCUCACAAUUGAGUCACUGCUGGAGACAUUUGUCUCAACUGUCAGCUGUGGAGGCAACAUGCUGAUGAACGUCGGACCCACCAAAGAUGGACGCAUCAUUCCACUCUUCCAGGAACGUCUGAAGCAGAUGGGAGACUGGCUGAAGGUCAACGGAGAGGCCAUCUACUCCAGCCGGCCCUGGACAUCACAGAACGACACACUGACCAGCAGAGUGUGGUACACAUCCAAGAAACAAAAUGGCGGAACCAGUGUGUAUGCUGUUGUCCUUGACUGGCCAAAAGGUGACACCCUUUCCCUUGGCGACCCGGUCACCUCCCUAGCAACAACUGUUUCACUUCUCGGUUACCCUGGUAACUUCAACUGGCAGAAGAGAGAACCCAAGGGGAUAGACAUCGAGAUUCCCCCAAUCCCCUUCAACAAAAUACCUUGCCAAUGGGCAUGGACCUUCAAAUUUACAGGACUUGCUAAUUAGGUUUUUUGUUAUACACAUUAUGUUCCUUAUCAUCCUUGCAGCACAUGGAAAUCCUGCUGGAAUUUACUUUGUUUUAUCCAAGACUUUUGUCUACGUAAUCUGUUUCUCUCUCUGUUUAAACAUGCUAGACAUUCCAUGUUGUUACAAAUAGAAACACAGAAGUAGUUGUGGAGAGAGUUACAACUGCUUAUCAGAAACCCUUUUAAAAUUUUCAAAUAGAAUUACAAAUGAUAAUGUAACGAGAAGACUUUGGCCAUAGAAGAUUUUAAGACCUGACUUGUAAAAACAGCAGAGCUCUGCUGUUGCUUCUUCACUGCCAAUUUAAAUAUUUUCAAACCACCACAGCGUUUCUGGAAUUUUACACAAGACAACAUUCGCUCACUUACUCCUGUCCAUCAUUCUCUUCCCACAGAGGUUACUUGUCAUGUUUGUCACGAUAUGGCUGCAGUAUUGCCGAUGUGACGUUACAUAAUAACUCACUCACUACUGUCAUGUCUUCGUAGGAUGAUAUGACAAGUAACCUCUGUGGGAAUAGAAUUCCUGUGUCCAUAGGAUGUUAUAAACUUAUUAAUGACAUUUUGUCCAUUUUUUAAAACAAUAUGUGAUUUUUAUUCAUAUAAAAAUAUUUAUUAAACAAACUAUUCAAGACACUAACUUCAUAUCAAACAGGAAUGUGGUAAGACUUUUAAUAAUUUUAUUAAAUUAAAUCUAAUUUAUUUAUUAUGGCCCUAACAGAUAUAUUUGAAAGGUAUGCUUAUUUUGCCUGAUGUGCUCCAUGUGCCUUGACUGUGUCCCUAAAUACUGAUGCCCAGUCACUGAUGUGAGUGUCAUGCCUCACAGCCACUUUCGACAAGACGUCAAAUACUUUUACUCUCUUGAAAAAUGAUUGGUUUGAACAUAACAUAAUAGCCUGAGGGUGACAGUAUAUUUUCAAAAUAUUUUAUUUUUGUGUUAUUUGGUUGUUAUGUACUUAAAAGAAAAAAAUAUUGCUCAGUUUAAUGUAAAUGUUUUAGAGUUUUUUAUCUUUUAUCAAAUAAAGUGUAAUUUACAAGUGUUUUUCUACUGUGAAUACUUUUUCUUGUUGUGUUUUACAUGUAAAUGCAAAAUAUUUUGUAAAUGAAAUGUCAGGGUUGUCAUCAAAUAUAUAUUUUUGUGAUAAUUUACUUUCCAUUUCAUAUCAAAUGUGUGCAAUCAAUGAUAUAGUAUUUGUGAAAAUGUGUAAUGUUUAUGUGUAUACAUGCCCUAAGAAAAUGGUAUUUGUUUGUUUAAAACUGGACCUGUUGAAUGCAUACAUUCCACAUUACUAUGGUAAUAUUUUAUUACCAUGGAAAUAGGGUUGUUGCAAUGACAUACACUGGGUCCUUUAUUAUUUAUGUUAGUUCUGAAACAAUGAAAGAUCUGUUUGUUCUCUUACUUCACCUGUUAACUGUACCGCUAUACUUUCAAAUAAAAUACAUCUUGCUCUGAAA